ACACAGAACAUUGGCGGACGUCGCUCGUGUGUGGGAUUUUGCCCUUUGAGUGUGUGUCUCGUUGCGUCCACGAUUCUCCUGUGGAGAGCGACGCGCGCAUAGUUCGCGCGUCGACGCCGCCAUCCGUGUGUGUGUUUUCUCUAUAUCUGGCUUUCCUAGGCGGCAGCCAUAGGUAAGUGGCAGUACAAUCACGAGACGCUGGGAGAGAGGGAGAGAGAAAGAGAAAAAGAGGCAACACAGUAACUCUACCAGAAACAAAGCCACCACGAAAGUGCAUCGGCGUGUGUAAAUGAUGAGGACGAGUCUGCAGUGGCAAGAGCAGCAGCAGCGGCGAGGAAACCGCAUUGUCUUCAGUGAGUUUGAUCUGGCGAGGCGGACGACGACGAGCGCGGUACUCGAGGGUGCAAGCAGGAGGAGUGGUGCUGCGGCAGCGCUGGCUUUCGAGUCUCGAUGAUAGGCGGGCGGCAGCAGCCCGUCGCGAGGAGCAUCGUCGUCGGAGCGGCGGCCGACUGCAACACUUGCAACAGCAAGCGGCCCGCGCCCGCGAGGAUGCUGCUUACCACCUCGAGGCAACGACGCAGACGACGACUCGGCGUGGCGCCUUUGCCGCCUUCGUCGCGACAGCAGCAUCUGAAGCAUCGUCAGCAGCAGCUGCCCUUGAGCAGCUAGGGACAUGAGGGCUAAGCCAACGAGCACCGAGCAAUCCGGCCGAUCGUUCACUGUGGCUAAACUUAGCUGACGUUUUUCCCCGUGUUAGUGUGACGACUAGUGUCUCUGUAUUAAUUUUUCGACUCCACGUGCGCGAUAAAGCUGCAACUAGGCGAGUAAGAGGACAGACACGGUGCGACAGAUAGUGCGCCUGUGCGUGGAUGUGUGCGUGAACGAAAGCGAAAGAGAUGAUGAACCCUUCGAUGGUCUACACCCUGUACGGGCUGGCCGUCUUCUUCAUGGUGUUCUGGCUGGUGAUGUGGCUGUUUCACGUGCUCGCGUUGAUCGCCGGCCGCUGGAAGCUGCACCGCAAGGUGAUGGCCGUGCCGACGUACGAGACCCCGCUACCCGGCGUCUCGAUAAUCAAGCCGCUGAUGGGCGUCGACCCCAACCUGUUCAGCAACCUCGAGACCUUCUUCCAGCUGGACUACCCGGUGUACGAGCUGCUGUUCUGCAUCGAGGAUGAGCAGGACCCGGUGCUGAUGCUCGUACACAAGCUGAUCGAGAAGUACCCGCAGGUGGAGACCAAGCUGUUCGUGGGCGGGCGCGGGGUCGGCGUCAACCCCAAAAUUAACAACAUGCAGCCGGCCUAUGAGGCCAGCCAGCACGAGCUGAUUCUAAUCAGCGACAGCGGCAUCCGCAUGAAAGAGGACACGCUGCUGGACAUGGUCAACUACAUGACCGAGCGCGUGGGCCUGGUGCACCAGAUGCCCUUCACCUGCGACCGCGAGGGCUUCGCCGCGGCCUACGAGAAGAUUUUCUUCGGCACUGUGCAGUCGCGCAUGUACCUGGCGGCCGACCUGCUGCGCAUCAACUGCCACACGGGCAUGUCGGCCCUCAUCAAGAAGGCGCUGCUCGAGGAGGUGGGCGGUCUCAAGACCUUCGGCGUCUACCUGGCCGAGGACUUCUUCUACGCCAAGUCGCUGACGGACCGCGGCUGGAAGAUCACCGUCUGCUCGCAGCCGGCCAUGCAGAAUAGCGGCCACUGCGAGGUGCACUCGUUUCAGGCGCGGCUGCGGCGCUGGGCCAAGCUGCGCGUGGCCAUGCUGCCCACGGUCAUCGUCCUCGAGCCGCUCAGCGAGUGCCUCAUUAUUGGCGCCUGCGCCUCCUGGGCCGCCAGUUUGCUCUUCGACUGGGACUCGCUGCUCUUCUACGUGGCGCACAUCUUCCUCUGGUUCACGUUCGACUGGACGCUGCUGUGCGUCGUGCAGAACGGCCCGCUGCCCUUUAACCUCCUCGAGUUCGUCAUCGGCUGGCUGCUCAGCGAGACCACGCGGCCCUACCUCUUCGCGCAGGCGGUCCUCGACCCGAUCAUCCAGUGGCGCUCGAGGACCUACAAGCUCAAGUGGGGCGGCGUCGCCGAGGAAGUCAAGGCCAAAGUCAAGUACUGAACUUGCCCCCUGCUGCCGUGCUGUGUGUGCGUUUUUCCGCGGCGUGUGCGCUGUGUCUGUGAUCGUCUACGCGACAGUACGACUGAUGCGCGCCGAACGCUAUCUACCCAUUGAGCACACUGCUCGCUGCAUCCGACACGCUCUCGUGCGGCUUGUGUUUCCGAAGCCACGAACCUCGGUCAGCGAGCGGACCAUCCCGACGACGACCACGACGACAACCAAUGGACCACUUAUUAUCUUAUUUUUCAUUUUACCGAUUACCGCAUAGUUAAUUUAUAGUAGCUCGUACAAACAAAAUCGAUUAAUUAUCGCGACACGCGCUGUUCUGUACGUAUACCGUCUUGUCUCUGUCUCUCGGCUGCGCAGCAAGAGUUUGCGGAGAAUGCAGGCUGUAUUGGUGCGUUCUCCACGUAUUUACGCGUUUUUUUUUUGCCUUUCGAGCCACGUUAAGUGAACAACAAAACAAUACGUACGAAACCGCGAGUUUUAUCGCGUUUUAGCAGCUCGCUAAACGUACCUGAUACGUUUAGCUACCUGAGGCGUGCACCGACACACUCGCUUACGACGGCCUUGCCUCGUCGCGCCAAUACGCCGGCAUUUGCGGAAACAUUCCGCGCGCAAUCUCGCUCCCGCUGAUGUGUCUGUUGCAAUUGGAUAUUUAUUUAUUGUGCGAUACGUCGUCGUCUCUCUUAUUUUUUUGCGAACAAUAUGAAACGCAAAAAUAUAGCGUAACGCGGUUAAUUAAUACAUUUUCUCACUUUCUCUCCAGCCGCACCCCCAUCGUAUGCAAAGAUUAGGUGCGAUAUGUCUCAAGAAUGUAUAACGAUACAUUUGUAUACAAGCCAAGUGUCACGGGGUUGUGAGGCUCGUCUAGGUCGAAGCACCGCCGACGUUUUUUUUUUACGCGUAGAGACAUACCACGAUUGAAUGUUAAGUGGGAUUGGUCUAUAGAGUCUACCCUAUUAUUUCUUUUAUCGUUCAAAUACAUAAUGAUAUUACGGGAGUGACGAAAUGAAAAGAAGGCACAUGAACGCUAGCAGUUUUGUUUGCGUGGUUGGUGCUUCGACUACCUCGGCGAGCACGAGAGAGAGAAGAACAUGUAAAAUGUAAAAAAAACGUAUUGUAAGGAGGUCGAGAGACAAGUUUGUUUUGUAUAAUUACUCUUGCCAACUGCGAUGACGGUUAUACUAGCUAGGGAUUUUCAUUUUCUUUUUUUUUUGUAACCUUGUGAUCGAUUCUCGCUCGUUUUUAUUUAUUCAAGUUUCUAUCGUGUAGACUUUGUCCCGCGUGUUAAUUUAAGCGAUGCCCCUCCCCCCCUUCAUUCAGCUGUAAAGACUUUUUACAAAUCGAUAUAAGCAUAAUAUAGAACGUAUGUCGUAUAUACAUGUAUAUACAUAUACAUACACAUAUGCACGCACGCACACACACACACACACACACACACACACACACACACACACACACACACACACACACACACACACACACACACACACACACACACACACACAUAUAUAAGCUAUAUCUGCCUGCAGUGGAUGUUGAAGAUUAUGAUGAAUGACUUUGCACGCGCGAGGUUUAGCUUUCUUUCGAUUUGUUCGAUGUCUUUUAAGAUAUGUCUCUCUGAUUGUUUUAACCAGUUGUGUCUUUCAUUUUUUCUGUUACCUGCGAGCUAUACAUGAGAGUAAAUGUUAUGUAUUUUUUAUAACGUACUGCGAAGGUGUAUACGAGUUAUACAGGAGUAUUUGUGUCAGAUCCCAUACGUUGUAUUUUUAAUAUCUUUUAGGUUUUUUUUUUCAUUUGAAUUCAUUGUUUAGCUUAUAUAGUUGCCUUGAUGUAGCUGUCUCAUCAAAAAUCUUUUAAGUCAAAGUUUCCAUGUUUUACUUUAUUUUAUUUUGUCAAGUCGAGCUAACGUUCUGCCCUCUUUUUUAUACUUUUUCCGUUCUUUUCUUAUUGAUUUUUUCUGUCGUAAUAACUCAAAAAUCAUGAAUUUUUUACAUUAAAAUGAAUUUUUACUCGAAACACUGUCUUUUUUAUUUCAAAUUUCAUCAUUCACAUGUACUUUUUUUCAGCUAUAUCGAUCGAAUUUAAAACAAAUGAAUGACUGAACAAGCAAGUACACGGAACAAAUAUAGGUUACUGGAAACAGCUGUUCAAUGAGAAAAUAGAUAACUCAAGACAGCUGUUCUCUAAUAUUUGAGCAUACGCAGCUUAUCUAUUUCGAGUUUUUUAAUGGCAAAGUAUAAUGAAUUAAGGACGUGCGUGCGUGAAUGUUCUAAGCGGGCUGUUUGAUUUUUUAGGUAGAAUAAGGCCAUUGAAAAGCAUGGCACUCUGAAAUUAGUCUCGUGACUGAUAUAUUCAAAUUGGUCAGAGGAAUUUCAACAGCUUCACGAGUCAAUAAUCGUUUCAGCCCAUUGCAAGCUCGAUUCACAAUAUUUUCAUGACUUUUCGAAUAGCUUUUACCAAACUCGUGUCUUUCUUGAUUGACAUUCCCGAUAUUUUCGCCGCACAAUUCCUAAUAAUAUACAUUUUGUGCGAAGAAAAGAAAGUUUUUCCGUACUAUUCUAUACUCGUUCAUUGCAACGCGCGUGCACGAGAGGCGAGGUUCUUUUUUACCUUACACGCGAGAAAUCCUCUUCUCUCGCGCGCGAGCCUUAAAACCAAAGCAAAUACAGAUUUCUUUAAAAAAGAAAAGUCGUUCCUUCCGAACCUUCGACAAACAGAUCGAUCACGCCGGCGAGAAAUCAAGGAUCGCGGUUAACUCGUCGACACACAAGUUCCGACACAAUGGGCGCGUGUGGGCAAUGCACAAACGAAAUUCAACGUGAUUUUGCGUGCAUCCUGCGCGCAGGUGCGAACGAUAGAAGAAAAUAAAAUAAAGAUUUUUUUUCUCUCUCUCCGAUAUACGUAGGUAUUGUGUCGAUUGCAAUUAUACACGUACAAACAUCCGGCGACCCUCUCAUCACCGCCGAGAUUGCAUAAGAGUCGAGCGUUGAUUGCGGAGUUGUUGCCAUUGACAUGUACCGUACACACACAUACGCGCGCGCGCACACGCACGCACGCACGCAUACACACAUCUUUUGUUUUUUAUUUUCACGCACGAUUUUCGAUGCGCAAUGACGCGCGCACAUCUACCGGAACUAUCGGUCGUGCAUGUACGAACAGCGACUGUCGUGCCGGUGACGUUAUUUCGAUUUCUUUGGUCAGUAUUUAGUCGACUUUGCCGCGUGCUCACUGUGCGCUCAAGUUGGCGCUGUCUACGCGUCGUAUUGAAAAAUACAGUAGCCAACGUGCUCAACAAAGAGAUUCUCGUCUUAUUUUUCCAGCCUCCUUACGUUCGGGCGUAAACCUCACACGAGGCACGAAUCUACUUUCCCGCAUUCGUUAGCUAAUAUAAUAUUCGAGUUCAAAGUGCACCCGGAUGUUUCGCGAGAUCGUCGAGCGAUGAUCGAUCGAGAGAUACGCAAAAGAAAUCGCGCCGAGCAGCGCCUCACGUAUAGGAUAAAUUCGUUAUCGUGCGUCGAAUAGAAGACAAGGCAAAGCAUGCUCGUUACGUAAAGAAUCCAGCCGAGUUUUUCCUUUUUUUUUUUUUCUCUUUUCAAAACCGAGCAGCAGGUACAUUCGCAACACUGACGUAGAGAAAAUUAUGCUUUUGAGAAAAGAAAUCUUUUGAACGCGACUUCUAUUUUUAGCAUUCUUUCUCCGUCUCGCACUGUCGUGCAGUACACGUAAACUUAUUUCUGUGAGGUGCGCGUUCUGUGGGAACUCCAUUAGGUGCAGUUUCGCGAAGGUAUCGCGCGCGCCAAAGAUAUUGUGUGUGUUCGCGCUACAAAGGAAGCGAAACUAUUGCCAAGCCCGCGCCGCGUAAAGGACGCACGAACGAGGCCUGCGAUCGUCCAUCGGCCUUCGUUACUCGGGAGCGCUCUCUCGACGCGGCCAACGGUCACCGCGAGCCGUCGAUUCGCAAAAGCUGCUCGUGGCACUCGGCCGUCCAGUCCUCUGCACUUCGAUCGCCGACGGUUCGCCAAUUCUCUCUCCUUAUCGUAUGCAGUAACGGCUUGUGCAUCUCGCCCGAAAAAGUUGUUAGAGACGCUGCGCUCUCGCUUUCUCGCGCGGACACUACAACUGAAACUCUCUCGCUCGAACGCCGCGCGCACGCGGUUCAAGGUUACCGUUCUCUGACAGUGACCUGGCUCACACCUUUAGCUCUCUUCUAUCGCGCGUACAUACUACGUGGAUUUCUAUCUUUCUCAAGCCAAACUAAUUGUCAUUGGCUUUAUAUAGUUUUGACUCUAUUUACAACGGAUGCUUUGACUGCGAGAUAAUGCGACAGUUGACUAUAAGAGCUUGAAAAAAAAUUCCACAAAUUCGACGAACUCGACUGAAGGUUCUUCCAGCCGUUGCUUUUAUUCUAUGACUCAGUUGGUACAAUGUUUACAUCUUUAUCUUGUUUAUGAACCAUUUCUUAAUGCACGAAAGAUUAUAUAUUUCGCUUUACACUAGAAUAAUGGAAUAUUUUAAUUAUCUUUGCAUGUGGUUUUCUCGGAUUUUUAUAUGAUAUUCUUAGCACGUAUUAUUACUCUUGGCCAACUAUGUUGUUACCGUUUUAGCAUAAUAAUCCAAGUAUCGCGUUAAAAAACAAAAAAAAUAUGUAAAGUUCCAUUAGAAGCUCUGAAUAAUUUGCUAAUAUAGCCGCAAUUGGAUUUUCAAUUACAAGAGUGCUAAAUACAUCAGCCAGUCGGAGAUAAUAUAUAUAUAGCUUUUGAAAUUGACCGAGCGUCCCGCGAGAUUGAGAGAGCAAAUGCGGUCCGAGUGAAAUGUCAGUAAUCAAUGCAGAAAAAUGCUGUGACGUGCGUAUCCGAAAACCACAAAACAGACACGGAUCGGAAAGAAAGAUUUUUGGCCCAAUUGACAUCAUCCACGUUAGCGUCGAUUCGAAUUAACUGCGAGCUAUAGGUAUGUUGUAUGACGUCAGUGGCACGCAUGACAUUAUCUCGAAUGAUUUAUAUCGUGAGAUCGCCUCUUCAAACAUCCAUAAAUAUCGCCUAAUUACAGAUAAGUUUUACGAGAACGAAAAAUACCGAGUCAGGGAGUUUUGAUUCGCGAGAAAGGCAUCGUAAAGACAGAGAGAGAGAGAGAGAGAGAGAGAGAGAGAGAGAGAGAGAGAGAGAGAGAGAGAGAAAGAGAGAGAGAGAAACAAAAAGACACUCGAGAGACGUGGGCGUCGUAAAGUUUCGACGCGAGGAGGUAACUUCCACUAAAAAAUGAGAGAAACAGACGGAAAUAAGUGGAUUCAUCCCCGCUGGAUGAAGAUGCACGCUGCGCGCCGUGACUUUCAUUCUUUCGCACGUUACUUCCUCGCGACCUCGUUCGACCGCUCGCACACAGCGCACUAUUUUCCCCAGUAUUAUUCUCGGUCGACGAAAUUUAUUUAGUUUUUUUUUCCUUCCUCUGGCCUUCGGUCGAAGAGAGAACAUCAGUUUGCAUCGCAAUUGCUUUGGUUUUAAUCAGCAAUCCAGUGUUCUUUCUCGAGCAAGCUUAUACACCUUGGAUUAUUGAUUUCACUUUUAAUCAAAUGGACACUGGCGCAACAAUUUAUUUAACGAAGCGUAUGUUUUUGUACAUUUCCACUCUGAUAAUCUAGCACUUUUCUAAAUGGCACGAAAACGACAGCUCGUUUGCUUGAUAAGAAUGGCCAUUCGAAUUAGUCUAAAAGCGUUAUUGCAAGACUAUAGACAUUUUCCUUUUCUUCGAUCGUUCAUUUCAAGUUCAACGCCAUUCACUCUAGCGCCAUCAGUCAUUUAAACGUCUUUUCCGACAACGCCAAAUUAAUGGCGAUAUAAAGUUUCUUAUCGGUCAAUGGUUAGAAAAUGCGCGCGCUCGAACAAAAUAAUUAAUUGAAAGUGUAUCUCGCAAAAAAAAAGAAUAUAAAAGAAGCAUAGAUAUAAAAACGCUUAAAAAUAGACAUCUCCUUUUAAGCCUUUUAACGUACGUAUGACUCUUUGUUCUCUGUCUGUCUGUCUGUCUGUCUCUCUCUCUCUCUCUCUCUCUCUCUCUCUUUCUCUCGCUUUAUUUUCAAUCUUGAGUCUAUUGAGAUUAUGGAUUUCACUUGCGUUGGUAUGUCGCUCUGAAGAAAAAAGUAAAAUCAAGAGCUACCUUUAAUUUGCUGCACCGGCGCUCAUGAGAACUUACAUAGUUAUUGAUCUAGUAUAUGACUCUUGAUUUCUAGUUUCUUUUCCUUAAAUCUCUAUACAGACAAGCUCACGCUGGCGGCAUAUUUAAAAAACUCUAUUUACCGUAGUCCAACGUUCGCGUAACGUUGAUACCAUUAGUGAAUUCAUUAAUUAGAAGGCUCGGCAUGAGCAAAGAUUUAUUAUACCAAUUGUUCUUAUCUUGAAUUUAAAAUUCCAUUUGCCAGCUAACUAAUAUUGUAAAAAAAAUGAUAAGCAAACUAUUGCGUACAUAUGAAUUUUUUUGUAAAAUUUAGCGAGUGCCAAUUUACUGCGCGGAGAGUAUCGUCUACGAUACUCGCCAUAAUAUUGUAUGCGUUUUCUUCGAGAGAUGUGUUCACUUUCAACGGCGAUACUUACGUUUAAUUUGUCUUUCGAGCCUCUGCACCUAGGACAAAAGAAACAAAGCAAGUCUGUUUUACGUUGCAACGCUAAAAUGCAAAUGUGUCUUAUUAACUUAAGAUUUUUCCAUUUGCUACGGGACUUGCUGGGCAAAAUAACGGCAAGCGUCGUGAAUUUUAAGCUUUUUAAAAACUCGCUUUUUAUUGCAAAGCCCAAAAAGCUUUGACAAAGCAAAACUCGCAAACGGCGAUGAUAAUGAUGCAGCAUAACUAAUCAUUCACGCUCUUCUCUCUCUCUUUCUCUCACACUCUGGCAAAUGAAAAUAUAAAUUAUUGAGUAUAAAGUUGCUAAUAUACAAUUUUUCUACAUUUAUACUUGAAUAAAAAAAAAAACUUUUAACUCUUAAAAGAAAUUAAAAAAAAAAUAAUGGUAAGACGCUACUGAACGCACUGCUUUUUUGUUCUAAGAUGGCUUAAGCCUUAUUGUAAGAAUAAAUUAAUGAUUAAUAUUCCUAUUGAAACGACCGUUCGAAUUAAACAAAAAAGGAACUGUCGCUAAGAAAGUAACAGGUAUCGAGUGCUUUAAUAUUGUAUAAAAUAAUCAUCCAAAUAAAUGCAUUGCAUUUUUUCUUUGGCAAAAAAAAAUAAUAAUUUCCACAUAAACCAAAGGUUUCGCUUGAGUUGUCAUUGAAAGUGAACAAACCUCGCGAUUUUCUGGCAGUGAUGUAUGUAUCGGAAAGAAAAACAAAAAAAAAAAACAAAAAAAACUAGCUCCGCGAUGUUACAUCCAUUAUAACUUAUAUAUACAUUGAGGUUCACAUACAUGUCUGUGAUAAUAAGUUUUAAUUUAUGUUCAUGGCAGUUCGUUUAUAUACAUGAUAUACGUGUAUGUGAGUGCGCCAGGAUGUGAACGCACGUUAUCAGCUGAUAAACAAAAAUAAAAAAUCUUUCACGUACAUAAAUCUUUCGUCAUUGUCAUGUGUAUGCCAGUUGGAAGUCUGUGCGUGUAUGCGAAGACAAAUGCAAAAAUAAUGCGAGAUCUAUAUAGUUAUUAAUAAUUGAAGAAAGAUGAACAUUAAGAAAAAAAAAACGGCGAUUGUAAAGACUAUACAUACAAAAUAUUAUACAACACACGUUGAUGCGUGCAUGUGUGUGCAUGUGCCGCUUACAUGCGACAAUGAUAAUUUUGUCGAUACUGUAUAAGGUUUUGAAUGAGAAUUAAUA